AUGGUGGAGCCGAAAAAAAGAAUCCCUGAAGAAUAUGAUUACUAUAAAACCUAUAUACCACAAGGCGGAUUGGAGCUUCCACGUAAACUAUUCCAUUGUUCUAUAGGAUUCCUUGUUGUUUAUCUAUACACUCAUGGUGUAACAAGAGAAGAUGUUUACCCAAUUUUGUCUUUGGCAUUAUCUAUUGUGUAUUCUGGUGAACUGUUACGGUUCAACUUUGAGUGGUUUAAUAAGAUCUAUUGUAAGGUACUAGGUUCUAUUAUGAGGCCUACAGAGGUCCGCGACCGGUUAAAUGGCACUGUAUACUAUUUGAUAGGUUGCAUUGUUGCGCUCUAUUUUUUCCCAACAGAUCUAGCAGCACUCUCUAUCCUUUACCUCAGCUGGGCAGAUCCUAUUGCCAGUUUAAUUGGAAGAUCAUUUGGAAAGUACACACCAAAAAUAGGAGGAUCACACAGUAAGAAGAGCCUGGCAGGGUCUCUCGCAGCAUUGGUUACUGGUGCGCUUGUGACUUACUUGUACUUUGGAACUUCCCCGUUCGCAAUGUGUGCAACGUCCUACAAUGCAUUGCUCAGUAUUGUGCCCUUGUGGGUUUUGUCUUUGUAUGGUGGUCUCGUGGCAGCUUUUAGUGAGGGUGUAUCUGAUUUAUGCCCUUAUUUAGCGAAUGUGGAUGAUAAUUUGUCUAUCCCAGUGAUAAGCGUUGUUUUGCUAUGGAUACCUUUGGUUUGGCUGAGACUCGGGAGUUGA